UACCAUCACAGUGAGAGCUGGUAAUGUACUAGGAGGAUCUGAUCCUAGUUCAGUUAAAAUAGAUACAAUGCCAACAGCUCCUACUGGUGUACCUACUUCUUUGUCUGUAUUACAGCCAAUUAAUAAUCUCACUUGGAAUGAGGUUGAUUGCUCUAAACAUAAUGGUCUAAUUACAGGCUAUACAGUGAUUAUCAGUAACAGUAGUAUCACAUACAGCGUCACCAGUACUAAGAGAUAUAUCAUAUUGAAUGAUCUAGUAUUAGAUACUGUGUAUAUCAUCAGUGUAGCUGCUGUAAACUCUGCUGGAAGUGGUCCCUUCAGUGAUCCUAUUGCACUACUAUUACACCCAUCACAAUCAUCACAAUUGCCAGCAGCAUCAGUGUAUCCAAGUGAUGUAUCACAAACAUAUAUCAGUACAUCAACUAGUAACAAUGGUGUAACUUAA